AUGGGAGAAGAUGAGUUCUUUGGAGAAAAAACAUUCCAGCAUUAUCGUGCAGAAUUCAUUAAACCUUCACAAAAGAUAGGUGAUGAUUGGGAAUGGAGAGCUUCAAAGGACUUUUCUAAUGGCUACAUAUGCAAAACACAUUUUCAAGUUAAAAGUGGAACUGCAAUGUCACAUCAAGGAACAUCUGUCCAUGUACAGAUAUUUCUUCCUGUGGAGGAGGCUUUAGAUUCCGCGCCCCCACCUCGGUUACAUUUUGAUGUAACCGAGACCACCACAGCAGCCAAAGUGAUUAGAUAUGAAUAUCAUGUCAUAUAUUCCUGCAGCUGCCGAGUGCCUGUGCUUUGCUUUAGGGCAAGAUUUUUAGAUGGAAGAACUUUAGCUCUGAAGGACAUCUGGGAAGGAAUUCAUGAGUGCUAUAAGAUGCGGCUGCUGCAGGGACCAUGGGACACUAUUACCCAAUAG